AUGAAGCAGUGCGAGCACAGGGCGAAGAAGAGGGAGCGCGCGCUCCGGGCCGAGAGGGGCCGGCUGGUCGGCAGGUGCGUGGUGCAGCAGGCCUACGUCGGCGCGGCGCUGGCGCUCUGGGAGCGGGAGGGCCAGGCCCGCGGCCGCGCCGAGGAAAGGGCCGCGCUCGCCCAGGGCAGCGCGGACCACGAGGCCGCGGAGCUGGCCCGCGCCCGCGGCGCGGCCGAGGCGCAGGCCGAACAGCUGCGUGCCGCAGCCCGCGCGGCGCGGCUGGAGGCGGAGACAGCCGCUGCCGAGCGCGACGCCCUCCGCGAGCGACUGGAGGAGGCCGCGGGCCGAGGGGCGGAGGCGGACCGCUGGCAGUCGCGCGCCGAGGCCGCGGAGGCGAAGUCGCGGGCGUGCGCGGUGCUGGUGAAGGAGAGGGAGACGCUCAAGCGCGAUGUCGACGCGCUGCGGGCGGAGAACGACAGCCUGCGCGCCACCGAGAAGGCGCUGCAGGCCGAGGUCGAGCGCGCCAUGGAGCAGCGGGCGCAGCUCGCGAGCCACAGCAACCACAGGCAGAAGAUCCUCAUAUCGCAGAGUAUCAAGGACGAGAACGUGGCGCUCCACGCGGAGCUCAAGAAGGCGCGGCAGCAGAUCUUCCAGCUGGAGAGGCGGCUGGAGCACCUGCGAGAGGCGCCAGAUGCAACCACUGAGUCCACCCCGCUGCUGUAG